AUGACUCAUUUCGUCGGUGUUGACUUUAAUUCAUUAUAUCCUUCAUCAUUUUCAUCUAAUCCUCAUGAUUUCAUUCAAUAUACUGACCAUAAAAUGUAUAUGCCGGGAAGAUUGAAUGGUGUUAUCAUUUGUGAUACAGCAACAAAGAAAGCAAAAGCACUGGGAAUAAUUAAGAAGAAAAAUACUUUAUUUGUGGCUGAAGUAAAGGGUCACAUUGAUGAAAAAUUCAUUAAUGAUUACAUAAACUUUUUACCAAUAAUAAGAAACUUAGAUAUUAUCACAGAUGAAAAAACAAUUGGCAGUUUUAUGUAUGAUUACAUGAAAUCAAACAAUCUACCAGUUGACCAGAAACAGAGGAAAUUAACUCAGUUAGCAUCAACACACAACCAAUAUCAACCAUUUUCUUCUUAUUAUCUAUGGUAUCUAAUAGACAGAUUUCAUUUUAUCAUCGAUGAUAUUCAAUCAAUUUUAACAUUUACUAAAAACACUUGUUUUAAUGAAUUUGCGAACAAAUUUAUGAACGAAAGACAAAAGGCUGAAUUAGAAGAAAAUAAAGGAAAAAGUUUAUUUUGUAAGAUUUCGCUUAAUGGAUCAUAUGGUUACGAUGCAAUGAAUACACAAAAUUACGCAAAGACUAAAAUAAUGAAUGCACAGAAGGCACGCGUUGCAUGUAUGUCAAAUAAGUUUAAAAACAUAAGAGAAAUAGGUGAAGAUACAUAUCAAGUGAUGCUUAAAGAUAGAUUUUAUAGAUGUGAUACAUGUUUACAAGAGGCAUUCUUCACUUUAGAUAACGCAAAAUACUGGUAUUUAGUUUUCAUUUAUGAUUUUAUGUAUAAAUGCAUGGAUGUUAAUCGUUUUCAUUUCAUUGAAGGUGAUAUUGAUUCAUCUUAUUGGGCAAUCGCUGGCGACCCAAGUCUUCCUAACACUCAAGCAUUUCAAGCAAUUGUUACCGAUAAACAAUUUUAUGAUAAAAACAUUUUCAAAUUCGCACCUUUUGAUUUCUUCUGUUUUGAUGAGAAAUUUAAACCUAAAUUAAAGAAUAAAGCUGAAGAAAAAGCACAUGAGAAGAAGUUAUUGGGUUUAGCAAUUGAGAAACAAGGUGAUAACAUGGUUGCUUUAUGUCCUAAGUGUUAUACAUCAUUCAACGGUUCAAU